GUGUGUGUGCAGAAAGUUCCUGUGGGCACAGACAGGGGCCUCACAAAUGAUGUUGUUAUAUUCCUCAUCACCAAGGUUGCCUUGUAGAAUGGGAGCCCUGUGUUGCACACUGAGCCCCACUCCAUGGAAUGCAGGAGCAUUGCCAUGGACAUCCAUUGUACCCAUCUCCCUCCCCAGCCGCUGCUUUGAUGGGAGCACCCCUGUCCAUGCAGCAGCAUUUUCAGGCAAUCAGUGGAUCCUUAGCAAACUGCUGCAUGCAGGAGGUGACCUGCGACUCCACGAUGAGAGGGGUCAAAACCCGAAGACUUGGGCUUUGACAGCAGGAAAGGAGCGUAGCACCCAGGUAGUGGAGUUCAUGCAGUGCUGUGCCUCACACAUGCAGGCCAUCAUCCAGGGCCUCUCUUAUGACCUCCUGAAGAAGAUAGACUCCCCGCAGCAGCUUGUCUACAGCCCGCCCUGGUGUGGGGGCCUCGUGCAGGGAAACCCUAAUGGCUCUCCUAACUGACUGCUUAAAGCUGGAGUCAUUUCUGCUCAAAAUAUCUACAGCUUUGUUUUUGGGAAGUUUUAUCUUACUGGGGCGACACAGAUGGCCUAUCUAGGAUCUCUUCCGGUCGUUGGAGAAAAGGAAGUGAUUCGAGCUGCUGAUGAGCCCACCUUCUCUUUCUUCAGCAGCCCCUACAUGGUCAUGACCAACAAGGACAGAGGUGUACAGAGGGACCUGACUCGAGUGCCCCUUCCUACGCAGCUAUACAACGGGGCCGCACCAGAAGUGAUCUUACAGAAGGCAGCCACAGUGAAAUCAGACAUCUACAGCUUUUCUAUGAUCAUGCAGGAGAUUUUAACAGAUGACAUACCCUGGAAUGGCUUAGAUGACUCAGUUGUUAAAAAAGCCUUAGUCUUGGGGAAUUAUUUAGAAGCUGAUGUCAGGCUUCCGAAACCUUACUGUGAUAUUGUUAAGUCAGGCAUCCACGUCAAGCAGAAAGACCGAACUAUGAACCUUCAAGAUAUCCGGUAUAUUCUGAAGAAUGACUUAAAGGAUUUUACUGGAGCCCAGAGAACUCAACCAACCGAGAGCCCCAGAGUGCAGAGAUACGGACUCCAUCCUGAUGUCAAUGUCUAUCUAGGACUGACUUCAGAACACCCCAGAGAGACCCCUGACAUGGAAAUCAUAGAGCUAAAGGAAAUGGGCAGUCAACCUCUUUCACCAAGGGUUCACUCUUUAUUCACUGAGGAGACACUAGAUCCUCAGGCCCCAGAUGCAUGUCUGAUGGCCAGGGAGACUCAGAAUCAAGAUGCUCCUUGCCCUGCUCCAUUUAUGGCAGAAGAGGCCAGCAGCCCCAGCACAGGUCAGCCAAGCCUCUGCAGUUUCAAAAUCAACGAGAUCUACUCAGGCUGCUUGAUUUUGGAAGAUGACAUAGAAGAGCCUCCAGGAGCUGCUUCAUCUUUGGAGGUAGACGGACCUAACCAGGUAGGUGAACUGAAAUCCAUGGAAGAAGAGCUGGAUAAGAUGGAAAGAGAGGCGUGUUGUUUUUGCAGUGAGGAUGAGAGCUCUUCAAAAGCUGAGACAGAGUACUCUUUUGAGGACUGGGACUGGCAAAAUGGUUCACUCAGUUCAGUCAGCCUUCCUGAGUCAACCAUAGAAGCCAAGAGCAAUUUGAACAACAUGUCCAUGACUGAGGAGUAUCUCAUCAGUAAGUGUGUGCUGGAUCUGAAGAUUAUGCAGACAAUAAUGCAUGAGAAUGAUGAUAGGCUGAGGAUUAUCGAGCAGAUAUUAGAUGAAGUUGAGAUGAAACAGAAGGAGCAGGAAGAGCGCAUGUCUUUAUGGGCCACUUCAAGAGAGUUUACAAAUGCCUACAAGUUACCUCUGGCCGUGGGCCCUCCAUCUUUAAACUAUAUUCCUCCUGUCCUACAGCUUUCAGGGGGUCAGCAGCCAGACACCAGUGGCAACUACCCAACCCUACCAAGAUUUCCAAGAAUGCUGCUGACUCUUUCUGACCCUGGAAAACAGAACACAGAUGAACAAUUUCAGUGCACUCAAGGAGCCAAGGACAGUUUGGAAACAAGCAGGAUCCAAAAUACCAGAUCCAGCAUUCGGAGGCAAACAUGAAGCUCCAUCCUCUCCAAUUUCGGGGCAACCAUGUGGAGAUGAACAAAAUGCUUUACCUUCAAAACUUUCAAAUGAAGAGUUAAUACAGAGUAUGGAUCGUGUAGAUUGAAAAAUUGCAAAAGUAGAACAGCAGAUCCUUAAACUGAAAAAGAAACAAGUAAAAGUCUUUGCCUAAUAUAUUCUAAGAAUGUAUGUUUUUCUCCGUACAGAAGAUAUUUUUGAGUUUUCCAUAUUUUGAAACUUUACAUAAAAGGAAUCAUGCCUUA